GACGGGCACGCCCAUCUAAGUUUCCACCACCUAACAUUGUACUUGUCUGUGACAGUUUGUACCGAGGUUUGUACACUCUCGAUCUCAAAUCGACACACAACAAUUAGCUAGCUCAGUGAAGAGUACAUUAUGGCUACCCCUUAUCCCACUGUUGGACCCCCUGUCUCAAGCACCCCCUCAAGCAAGGUGGAGCUGCACAUAUCCUGCAAGAACCUGGUUGAUACUGACGUCUUCUCCAAGUCUGACCCAAUAGUGGCCAUCUACACAGUGGACAAUGGAGGCAAAGCUGUGGAGUAUGCUCGCACUGAGUGUAUCCAGAACAACCUUAACCCUGAGUUCAGCAAGGCUAUAGAGAUGGUGUAUCGUUUUGAGGAGGUCCAGAAACUCAAGUUCACAGUGUACGACAUUGACAAUGUCUCCCCUACUCUGGACGAUGAUGCCUUCCUCGGCUCUAUCGAGUGCACUCUGGGAGAGGUUGUGAGUGCUUCCACAUUCACUAAGCCUCUGGAAUCAGGAGGAAAAAAGAUAGGCUCUAGCACUAUCACCAUUCGAGCGGAAGAGUUGUCUCAGAACAAUUCAAAAAUUGACAUCAAGUUCUCAGCAGUUGGUCUGGAUAAGAAGGAUUUUCUGGGCAAGUCUGACCCGUACCUGGAGUUUGCUAAGGAGAAUCCUGAUGGCAGUUUCACCAGUGUUCACCGCACAGAGUACAUCAAGAACACCCUGAACCCUGUGUGGCCACCCUUCGCCAUCACCUCGCAGGCUCUGUGCAGUGGAGACCCUGACAGGAAGAUAAAGGUGACAUGCUUUGACUGGGAUUCUGACGGGAGUCAUGAUCUGAUCGGAGAGUUCACGACCUCUCUAGCGGAGUUGAGUGGGGGGAGUGUUAAAAGCUGGCCAUGUAUCAACCCCAAGAAACUGAGCAAGAAGAAGUACACAAACUCUGGGACAGUCAGGCUAGAGAAGAUCACUGAGACCAAGAUGUACUCUUUCCUGGAGUACAUCAUGGGUGGCUGUCAGAUCAACUUCACUGUGGGUGUGGACUUUACAGGUAGUAACGGCAACCCCCUGAACCCCUCCUCUCUUCACUUCAUUGAUCCCGCCUACCCCAACCAGUACACACAAGCCCUCAUUGCUGUGGGAGCCGUAUGUCAGGACUACGACUCUGACAAGUUGUUCCCUGCCCUCGGCUUCGGGGGAAAGAUUGGAGGAAACGUGUCUUUUGAGUUCCCCCUCAACGGUAACCCUAGCAACCCGUACUGCCUGGGGGUGCAAGGGGUGAUCCAGGCGUACCAUCAAGCACUGACAACUGUCGAGUUGUGGGGACCAACCAACUUUGCUCCUAUAAUUAGGCAUGUGGCCAAUUUUGCCGAGCAAGCAACUCGUAAUCCUGAAGUACAGCAAUACUUCAUUCUCCUCAUGUUGACUGACGGUGCUAUAUCAGACAUGAUGGCUACCAAACAAGCCGUCAUAGCCGCCUCACACCUACCCAUGUCCAUCAUCAUCGUGGGUGUGGGAGAGGCCAACUUUGAUGCCAUGAACGAACUCGACUCUGAUGACACAAAACUGACGGUUGGCUCUAGUGUGGCUUCCAGAGACAUUGUCCAGUUUGUGCCCUUCCGCGACUUCAAGCAUUCGUCCCCCCAGGCACUAGCAGCUGCCGUGCUGGCGGAGGUACCCUCACAACUGGUGGAGUACAUGACUGAACAUCGCUUGACACCCAUGAACAGGACUCAGUAGACUCAUUGAUUACACUAACUGCAUGUCUAGUGUCUCUAGUUGUAAUUGUGUGUGUGUGUCCAUUGUUUUAUACUUCUUUUGUAGCAUCCUGUUUUAAUUUUGUAUCAAAGCUGUUACUUUCUCUUAUAAUGUUAUGAUACAGUAGCUUAUAGCUCAA